AUGUCCCAACGAGUUUCCGCUACAAGACCCAUGCAUAUCCACACGAUAUGGGACCGAAGGCCCGUGAGCAAAAUGCAGAGACUGCUCACUCUGUUUAUCCCCUCGGCAGAAGACAAGCUUCGCGAUUUCGUCGAGGAAUAUAAGCUUUACCAUUGGCGCUCCUGGGAUGAUGGGCUACGAUUGACUAUACCAUUGUACAUGAAGACCCCGCACAAGACAAUUGCAGAUCUGGCUAUCCUGAUGGAAAUUGGGGACUGGACAAGGACUGGGAAUUUGUCACGUAUGUGCUUACUGACGAUCCGGAUGAGUUCGAUCCAGUGGUGCAUAUCAUGGACUAGUCCACUUGGUUUGACGUGGGAGGUCUCAGAAGCGGUUCCUGACAUUGUUUACUAUGAGUUUGUCUUAACUUGUUGUUUUCUCUGCACAAUUGACGGUGGGGGAAGGGAACCGGUUAGUCGACGUGAACAUUCUGUAAUCGCAUUUCACGUCCAGGGCCGGUGA